AUGAACGGGGAAGAACCAACUGAACAACCAAUCCAUCCAGCCCCCGCGGGCCGCCGCGCCCACCACACGCGGCUCCCGGGCCACCAAACCACCCCCACCGGCAAUGGUGACGCACGCCGCCCUCGACUGGAUCUGAAGACCCCAGCCACCGUCGCCUCCCGGAUCCGUCGCCUCCUCCCCAACAACCGUCGCCUCCCGCCGCCGCCUCCUCCGCAACCACCUUCGCCUCCCGGGUCCGCCGCCUCCUCCCCAACCACCUUCGACUCCCAGAUCCGCCGCCACCAGCUCGCCCUCAAGGAGCUGACACCCGUCAAGGAGCGGUCCUCGCCGGCCACAACUCGGUGUCCGUCGAGGAGAGCACCAGCCGAAGCUUCAUCGCCGACCAGGAAGGUGGAGGCCAAGGAGGAGAGGAUCAUGGUUUCCGUGCGGGUGCGGCCCCUAAAUGGCAGGGAGUCCGGCGACAGCUCCAACCGGGAGUGCAUCAGCCCCACCACCGUCAUGUUCCGGAGUACCGUCCCUGACCGCGCCAUGUUCCCCACCGCCUACACCUAUGACAGGGUGUUUGGCCCCAAUUGCUCUACCAGACAGGUCUACGAGGAAGGAGCAAAAGAAGUUGCUCUAUCAGUUGUCAGUGGAAUCAACUCAAGCAUAUUUGAGUAUGGGCAAACAAGCAGCGGAAAGACUUACACAAUGACUGGAAUUACUGAGUACAGUGUUAUGGACAUUUAUGACUACAUAGAGAAGCACCCUGAAAGAGAAUUCAUGCUGAAAUUCUCAGCAAUAGAGAUAUAUAAUGAAGCUGUGAGGGAUCUUCUGAGCCAUGAUACGACACCUCUUAGACUGCUUGACGAUCCUGAGAAAGGGACUACUGUUGAAAAGCUUACCGAGGAAACAUUGAGGAACAAGGACCAUCUUAGGGAUCUUCUUGGAAUGUGUGAAGCUCAAAGAGAGAUUGGAGAAACGGCUUUGAACAAAGCGAGUUCUAGGUCCCACCAAAUACUCAGGCUGGUUGGUGGCUCUCUUAUAUAUUUAUUUUACACUACACUUGUUGACCCACCCGCAAAAAAAAAGAUGAUUUUGUUGACAAGUUUUUGUUACAUUCAGACAAUCGAAAGUUCUGUUAAACAGUAUUUAGGAAGAAGCAAAUCGAGCACCCUGGUGUCUUGUGUGAACUUUGUUGACCUAGCUGGAAGUGAGCGAGCAUCUCAGACUGCUUCAGCUGGUAUGAGGUUAAAAGAAGGUAGUCAUAUUAAUCGAAGUCUGCUAACACUCGGGAAGGUUGUUCGCCAACUCAGGUUUGUUUGCUUUGUUUUCUUCUUGCAAGAACUUGUAAUCCCAGUGGUUUAGUUCUUAUGUAAAUAG